AUGGCCAUGGCCAUGAAUCCGCCGAUAAUGCCUUCGCCUAAUACGCUCACGUCGGCAUUCUCUCCAUACACAGACUCUCCAAGCUCACCUGCCCCGGCAAGAUCGCCGCGGUUCUCCAACAUGUCAAAUCAUCAAGGUAGUUCGCUGAACCCAAAUGCCUCUUCCAAAAGGGUAUCGGACUCUAGUGAUCUUGCCGGGCCAUCGCCCAGCACGUCAAAUGGCACCGAGGUUACUGAAAUUGACGACUUGGUUGUGGAGGCGGAGCAACCUGAGCCGCCUUUGCCAGAAGCAAAAGAGCCCCCAACCACCGAAGCGCCGCAAGCUGGCCUCACGAUUAAAACAGACGAUGCCGUAACAGGUCGACCAAGAUCGGACUCGGAUGAACCGCCGCAAUCCGUCAUACAUGCGCCGCCAGGUUUUGGCCAAUUCAUUGAGAAAAAGUCUCCCCCACGACCGUCUCGUUCAACGCCUUCGCCAUCUCAACGAUCGGAUAUCACCGUAAAAUCCCCCAUGGAUCAGAAGAACGGUGAACAGGUCCGUCCUAUUGAUACAAAACAGCCAGUGGACAAUGGCAGCUCACGCGUGUUCAAGAAACGCGCCGCUAGUCCUCUUUCGCCGCCGCCAAUAUCAACCGCCAUUGCGCCUGUUCACUUUUCCUCUGAUCGUGCCACACCAAGGGCGCAAACAAGGCAAGAAGCCGAAGAAUUGGAGCAAGAGAAGCCUUGGCGCCAACGGUCAUUGAGUUUAGAAGAUAUCCCAGAAGCACAGGAUGGAGAUCAUGGCCCGGAAGAGGAACUCACAGAGGACGAAGAUGACACAGUCCAGCAUCGGAUGCUUCCCCCUUUUCAUGAGGCCGAGGACGAAGUUGCCGCCUUGAAGACCGCUCUAGGAGAAUGCUGGACGUUGUGCAAUACUUUGGCUGGGCUAAGUUCAAUCCACCGCCAGCGCCUCUUUAAUUGGGAGGUUAAAGGUGUUGUACAAGAACAAGCUUGGAAGUGCUGUUGGCAGCUCUGCCAAAAACUUUACGAAACUCGAGACGAGGACUACAGCAGCCAAGUCCGGCCAACGUUAGACUUGUGUCGAGAAUUUUGUCAAGCGCUAUUUGAAGUACGGCAGCGUGAUGACGAUGUUGCCGACUCGGUCCUUCGGGUCAGCUUCGAGCUAAACAAUCAUCUCUACAAUACUCAUGACCGGAAUCUGCCAGAAGCUUUCCGUGAGCGCACUCUUGAUUUCUACAUAACACUCUGCCAUCGACUCAUGAAACAGAGAACUCAGCUGGCAGAGGAGACAGAUUCUCUCUUACGAGCGUGUUGGUCACUGGCGGAGAUGCUGUUCAGUAUCCGUCAGAAUAAGCGCGAAGGAAAAGAAGCGGAUGAAGAACUCCUUGGUUCUGCCGUACAAGCUUGUUGGGAGUUGUGUGACAUCUUUCGUGAAGGAUGGACACAAGUUCGCCCCGAAAGAGGAACUCCCAGGCCAAGUCAAACAACGUUUACCCAAGUUUACAAUCAAGUCAAAGAGAGGGAACCAGAGCUAUCCUCGAUUAAUGAGUCAACCAUACCUUUUAUGAACCCGGAAACUCCUACAACAAUUUUUGAGGACACAAAUUUAUCGCCCGAUGAAGCUCCCGUUCCGAAUAUUCUUGUCCUUGGCCCAGAUAGCGUGAGUUCCGGAAGCAUUGGUCGGCGCAAUCAUUGGUCUUCCAAUGCAUCAACACUCUCUGGACAAUCGACUUCUUCUACAGCGACGGCGACAGCUGCGCAACCCGAAGAUCCUAAUCUUAUGCGGCUAAAACUCCUCAUUCUCAAAGCAGCACAAAACGCAGGCUUUCAGCGUAGCGGCUCGCAACCUCAAUCGCUCUCGGCAUUUGUCAAGUCCCUUCCCUCCAACUCUUUUGGCAGCAAUGCAUGGGAGACUCAGCUACUCGAUAGUUACAAAAAGUUGGUUCUGACCGACCCCGCUUUUCGAGGAGCGUCGGUACCGCUUCCCUCAGCACGUGUAAUGGCCGCUGACGUUGCCCGAGCUGUUGCGUGGAUGGGCCGUAGCGGCCAGUACGCGUGGUUGAAUGAUCUUUUCCGGCUUGUCUUUGGUUUCCACGUCGAUGAAGCUGAAACUCGUCGAGGUGUCUCCUUUCAAACCUGA